AUGCCCCGCAUCCCUUUCCCCCGUGUGCCGCUACCGAAGUUCUUACAAGGCGUUCCGGCCCCGACCAUUCAGAUCAUCGCACUGCUCAUUGUCGUGAAUCUCGUGGUCUGGGCCAUUGCAGGUGUCGUGCUACACUUCUAUCCAGCCCUCAUCACGCCCGCUGUCUUGUCAUACACACUCGGCCUUCGACAUGCGCUGGAUGCGGAUCAUAUCAGUGCUAUUGACUUGAUGACCAGGCGCCUGAUCGCAUCAGGUCAGCGUCCCGUCUCAGUCGGAACAUUCUUCAGCCUGGGCCACUCGACCAUUGUUAUCAUCACCUGCAUCGUGGUGGCUGCCACAUCUGGCGCGUUGCGGGACCGCUUUGAUAACUUCCAGCGUGUUGGAAACAUCAUUGGCACGAGUGUAUCAGCCGCAUUUCUUAUUAUUCUGUGCAUUGGCAAUGGUUGGGUACUCUACAAGUUGGUAAAGAGGCUCAAGGAGGCUUUGCGCGAGCAAGAAGAGCGGGGCAGCGACCCAGACGAUGACGGAGAGGCUGAUGGCGGCCAGGGAGCAGCUACGGCUUUGCGACUUGAAGGAGCGGGUUUCAUGGCCACUGUGUUCCGUAAAGUCUUUCGAAUCGUUGACCGGCCUUGGAAAAUGUUUCCCCUGGGCUUGAUGUUUGGUCUUGGCUUUGACACCAGCUCCGAGGUUGCCAUUCUAGGCAUUGCGAGUAUUCAGGGAGCUCAGGGCACGAGCAUGUGGCUUAUCUUGAUCUUCCCGGUUCUAUUCACAGGUAGGACAUGA